UUGUCACAUCUGUCCAGGUCCAACUAUUGACUGUUUGUCUGUUGAAAUCGUUGAACAGGCUGCCAAAAACCCAAAAAAAAAAACAAACAAAGAAAUCCCCAAACCCCAAAUCCCGAAGAACUAAAAAGGGUUUGUGGGGAAGAAUUUGUUGUGGGGAGGGAGGAAUGAAGCUCUGGAAGAGGGCCGCGGGAGCUGUCAAGGACCAGAACAGCAUAUGGAUUGCCGCCGUGUCCCGACGGUCGGUCUACCGGAACCCCGACCUCGAGGCCGCCAUCAUUAGGGCGACGAGCCACGACGAGUCGUACGUCGACUACAAGAAUGUGCAGCGGGUCUUCACAUGGGUCCGCACUUCCCCCACCUACCUCAAGCCCCUCCUGCUGGCCCUUUCAGCCCGCAUGCAAAGGACGAGAAGCUGGGCGGUCGCCCUCAAGGGCCUCAUGCUCAUGCACGGCAUCUUCUGCUGCAAGAUCCCUGCCGUUCAGCGAAUCGGACGCCUGCUCUUCGACUUCUCCGGCUUUGAGGACUCCCACAUGAGCCCCCACAAAGCCUGGGGCUAUAACGCGUUCGUCCGCGCCUACUUCACCUUUCUUGACCAGAAGGCCGCCUUACUAUGCGCGCGGGUUCCGCAGGGGCCCAAGGCACCUUCUUCAGCAUCAAAUUCAUUUUCGGCAUCAACCCGCGAAAAGCCCACGAAGAUGAUCAUGAUGGCUGAGCUCUUGAUGCUACAGGAACUGCAGUCUUUGCUUGAUCUGCUUCUACAGAUCAAGCCCAAGGCCGAGGGGAUGAGAAGGGCAGGCCUCGUGCUCGAGGCAAUGGAUUGCGUCAUCAUUGAGAUCUUCGACGUUUACAGCAAGAUCUGCACCCUUAUAGCAAGGGUCCUCUCCCGCGUAUACGAAUCCACCAAGGCCGAGGCCUCCACAGCCCUCAACGUUCUUCAACAGGCGAACAAGCAGGCUGAGGCGCUUUCACAUUUCUUCGAGUUCUGCAACAGCUUAGGAGUCCUUAACGCCUCAGAGUUCCCAAAAGUCGAACAAGUCCCAGCCGAAGACAUUGAGGAGGUCGAGCGUAUCGUUAAAAGACGGGUUUCCUCCGAUGAGAAAUUAUUGUUGGAAAUCAGUGAUGAUGUUUGCAGGAAGAAUGAUGACUCAGAAUGGAAUAUGGAUCAUAACAGAGCCAUCGUGGUGAGGGAAAUGGCGGGUCCGAUCGUCCAGCAUGUUGGGCAGCAGAAGUUCCUGACGACCAUAGUGACCGAUAAAUGGGAGGUCUUUGAUGAUGAUCAUCAUCUCAAGGUUCAUAGUAUCAUCAAUGGAGGGUUUUCUUCGAAUGUCUCGAAUAACCAUCAUGUACAGCCUUACAAACAGGAAAUUCCAGAUUUGAUAACAUUCUAGUUAUAAACUAAUUGCAUGGGAGGGGUGAUGAUGAGUUUGAUCAACUGAUUGCUUGCAGAUGAUUCGAAAGGGUUUUGCUUUUUCCUUGACUAAUGGCUGAUUUCACACUUUCUCA